AUGGAUCCGGACGAGGUGAAGUCGAAGCUCCAAGGCCUGGCCUUCGGCAACGUCCUGGCCGCCGCCGCCCGCGACUACAAGAAGGAAGUUAUAGCUAAAGAGAAGGCUCAAGCAGCACCUGCGAUCCAUGAUGAAGUCGAUCUUGAUGAGUUACUGGAUGACCCAGAGCUUGAGAAAUUGCAUGCUGAACGGCUUGCUGCUCUUAAGAGAGAGGUCGAGAAGCGUGAGGUGCUAAAGAGGCAAGGUCAUGGUGAAUACAGGGAAAUAACCGAAGGGGACUUCUUAGGAGAGGUCACUCGUGGUGACAAGGUCAUCUGUCAUUUCUACCAUCGUGAAUUUUACCGCUGCAAGAUCAUGGAUAAGCAUUUGAAGGCACUUGCACCGGUCUAUUUGGGAACUAAAUUCGUCAAGCUUGAUGCCGAAAAUGCUCCCUUCUUUGUGGCAAAACUAGCAAUCAAAACGUUGCCAUGUGUUAUAUUGUUCAAGAAGGGUAUUGCUCUUGAUCGGUUGGUUGGUUUCGAUGACCUUGGAAGUAAAGAUGAUUUUUCUACCAGGGCUUUGGAAAAUGUACUGAAGAGGAAAGGUAUAAUUGAGGAAAAGAAGAAAGACGAUGAUGACGAAGAUGAUGAGACUGACAUGUCAAAGGAUAGGAGGGUUAGAUCUUCCACUGCUUACGAUUCGGAUUCAGAUUGA